AGCGGUCAGCGGCUGUUCUUUGCGAAGGCGCCAUUUUGUUUUUGAGUCCAGCCAAGGUUUCAACUGGAGCAGUAAGGAACCGCCAUUCUGACUUUCGGCUGACAAUCAAAGGCAAAUUGAUCGGUAUUUUAUUUAGAGAUUUGUAGAAAUGGAAUCUCAAGCGAAGAUACCAAAGCUGGAUGUUAAACCUGAACCAAAUGCUGAAGAUGAGAAGGCAGCAAGUGAAACGGUUCCAGAAGCCCAACAGGAUAUUAUUGAAGAAAUCGAUAGGGUACAGAAUGAAAUUGAUUCGCUAAAUGAAGAGGCAUCAGAGGAAAUUCUUAAGGUAGAGCAGAAGUAUAAUAAUUUGCGGCAACCGCAUUUUACGAAGCGGGCAGAUCUCAUAAAGAAGAUACCCAACUUCUGGGUGACUGUGUUUGUGAAUCAUCCACAAAUUUCCGCCCUUCUUGAUGAAGAAGACGAAGAAGCUUUACACUACUUAGCAUCAUUAGAAGUGGAGGAAUUUGAGGAUAUCAAAUCUGGCUACAGGAUAAAGUUUCACUUUUCAGAAAAUCCUUACUUCACAAAUGCCGCUUUAUGUAAAGAGUUUAUGCUGAGUGAAAGUGGAGAGCAGUCAUGCAAAGCAACAAACAUUGAUUGGAAGCCCAAUAUGGAUCUUACAAACAAAGGCAAUAAGAUAGCUGCAGAUGUUGGUCAGAAGCGACACCUAGAGGAGCCUGAGAGCUUUUUUGCAUGGUUUAAUGAUCACUUAGAAGGACAAGCAGAUGAAGUAGGGGAGCUAAUCAAGGAUGAUAUAUGGCCUAACCCAUUACAAUAUUAUUUGAAUGCUGGUGGUGAUCUAGAAGAUGGUGAGGAUGAAAAUAUUGUGGUUGUUGAAGAUGAUAACCUUGGCGAUGACGGCGAUGAGGAAUAUGACCUUGAAGGGGAGGAAGGUGAUGAUUAUGAAGAAGAGGAAGAAGGUGACGAUAAUGAAUGAACUGAAAAGGAAUUUUCCAAGAUAAGUAUGGAUGGUUUUAGAUAACGAACAUUGAACGAAACGGUGGACGGAUUUUCCGCAAGAAGCACGCAGAUAUCCUGCGUAGAAUUUACAUGUCUCGAGCAUAUUGCUUAAGCUGAUUGGCCAUUAAGUAUAUAUUGUGAUGUUAUUGUUAAGGGUAUAUGUAAAGUAGUAAUGAAAAGAAAAGGUUCUGCUAUGGCACAGAAAGACUGUAAGCUCCAACAUUUUGACUUACUUUAACCAAGUCCUUCAAGUUAGAUGUGAAUUUUAUUCCUCGCUGAUGAGAAUGGGCGCUUAUGAAACAAGGCACCUUUCACCAAUUCAUUUGUAUAAGCCAAUGAAAAAAGGCUACUGGGGCGUACGCUGUUUAAUAUCGCUUUCAUCUAAAAUUACCCAUUACGCGGCAAUGGGCCCUACCCCGUCAUAAUAUAUAAAUUGUACAUAUGCCUGCGAAGAGGUGGAGGCAUGAUUACAUGGCAAUGUAUAGUUAGAUAUCGUGAUGUAUUAAAAUGACGUUUAUGGAUUUUUAACCCACACCACACUGCAAUAUUUUCUCGCAAAAAUGCCCUGUUGUUGCAAGAAAAUAACGCCAAACAAAUUUUAUUGAAGAGUUGAGGCAGUUGAUGUCAUAAAGUCCCCCUAACCCCCUCCCCCCGCCUGUGAUAAGACAAUCCAGGGCAACAAAACUGCUCCCAAUUUUUUUUUGCCAUUUUAGACAAAGUGAAAAAUGGGAAACGUCUACCUUGUUUCUCAAUAUAAUUAAAGGUAAAGUAACCAUAAUUAAGGGUUUUUGGAAAAUUCUAACAUUUAUUUGAUCCUUCUCUUGAAAACCAAGAACUUCGGUGACGUAUUUGCUGUUGAUAGUUUUUCCUGACCUUUUCUAGCCUGUUGCUAAGCCAAUUCAUGUCAAAGUUUAGCAUCUCUUUUGGUAAAAAGGGCUUUUUCUACCCAAUUUAAAGACCCAGCUGCUUUUAUUGAAUAAGGACCCAGUCGUUUUGGUUUCAUUUUCGCAGCAUUUUUUAUGGAAAUACGAAACAUCUCUCGGUAACUCAUGGAGCAGCAGCAUUUUGCUAUGAUUCAUUUAGUUAUUCAACAUCAUUGCCUUUUCCUUUCUUUUUUCUAUGGUUGGUUGUUUCUAGCGACUUAACUAUAAUUGCUUUAUCUUUAACAGUCUUGUAACAGAACAGAAAAAAGUCUGUUUUCUAACGUGUAAUGUGAAUCAACAUUAAAACCGUAUGGGAAAUGAUCGACAGCUUUUUAUACUGUGCUGGCUCGUUUUAAAGACAUUCAAAUAGCACUUAUUAUGUAAAUGAAGGAACUGAAAUAUCUUAACAUAGCAAAUUUGUUUUGUGCAAAAAGAAGCAAAUAUAUUUGUUA